GUGAAUCACGCGCUUUGCUUGCUUUUAUAUAUAUUCUAAUCGAAAACCCAGAUUCCAAUUCCAAUAUACAUUUUCGAUUCAUCGAUUCAUUCGUAUCUUGUUUUUCCUCAAUUUCGCCUUGUUAUUUCAUUCUUUUCCUGCUCCUAUUUCUUUCUCUUUCUAAAAUAACUCAACAAAAUUCUGUGUCUGAUUCUCUCUCUGGAUUGUGUUUUUUUUCAGCUAGUGAUAUGGCAUUUCAACACAACUUUGGUGCCCCUACUAUGCAUUUUUCAUCUGAGGGAGAUGUUUCGCAGAAACAAAAAUUCAAUUCAGUGUCACCAACAGGAACAGCUUCAGAAAAUGUAAACGGAUGCUUUGAUUGCAACAUUUGUUUAGACUCAGCACGUGAUCCAGUGGUUACCCUUUGUGGUCAUCUCUAUUGCUGGCCUUGCAUUUACAAAUGGCUUCAGGUUCAGAGCUCGUCCUUGGAUUCAGACGGUAAACCAAAAUGUCCAAUUUGUAAGGCUUACAUCACAACCUCUUCAUUGGUUCCUCUCUAUGGUCGUGGCACAUCAUCAGCCGAAUCUGACAGCAAGAAACACCAAUUGGAUCUCAUCAUACCCCACAGGCCAGCGGCGCAUGGUAUGAACACACUACUCGCUCCUAAUCAGCAACUUCAUCCCAAUCCUUUUCAGCCACAGCAGCCGUCUUUUCAUCACACUUUUGAUAAUUAUGCUUCAAUGACACCAUCUAGCAUCGGGGGAAGCACAACUACUAGUUUCUUCAAUCCAACAAUACAUAUGUUUGGUGAAAUGGUUUUCGCUAGAAUAUUUGGGAGCUCAGAGACGAGUUUAUUCUCUUAUCCUUAUCCAAAUUCCUACCCCAUUACGGGAAAUGGUGGCCCUCGGUUGAGAAGGCAAGAAAUGCAGGUGGAUAAGUCUCUUAACAGGGUAUCCAUCUUUCUCCUCUGCUGCUUUAUUUUGUGCCUUAUCCUAUUUUAGGUUUUCUAUUCAUCCUUGUAUAGCUGUACAUAUGGGAGCGGAUACCAUGUAACUUUUUUAAGAGAUGUUGCGAAAAAUAAUAAUAAUAAUUCUUUCGUAGUAUGUUUAAGAAAAGUUUUUCUGAGUAAUUAUGUUGAUGAUGUUGGACA